AUGCUAUCGGUUACCAUCCCGGAAGUAUCAGCACAGUGGAUGGUAACAUCGAAAGUUAUUAAGUCGGGCAAGAAAUCGAAGAAUAAAUCGGCAAAAAAACUAGAAAAAAAUGUCCCGUCAACAACACCUUAUCUUCAAAUACCCCCACCGCAAUUUCGUCGACCACCAUUGCGCAGAUCUCGUUCUCGUUCCCACUCUUCUACCAGAAUGCGUUUUAAUCCAUCUAACCAACCCCGUGCUUCUCAUAUUUUAAGAGUAGAAAACACCCGUUUAUCGCAAGAAUCAUCGCAAAAUACAGCGUAUCGAUAUAAUCCUCCACCAUUAAUGUCGAUCGAUCCUGCAUAUAUACCUCCAUUUUUUGUUCAACAACAAAUACGAAAACAUUUGAAGAAAGUCAAAAACAGAAACUCUAAACCUCUGCCAUUACCAACAACAACAACUGCUGAUCUGAUUCCAGUUCCAACCGUAGCAGUAUUAUCAGACUCCAUGGCGUCUCGAAUACGGCAAGACGAGCUACAAUCACCACAUGCUACAAUUAAAUUGUACUCGCAAUCGGGAGCGACCAUCGACAAAUUAAUCGAAUAUGUGUAUUCAAACGAUGGUACACAGUUCCUAUCUGAUGUAAGACAAGUAUUACUUAUUGUCGGUACAAACGACCUAUCAGAUAAAUAUCCCGAUGACAUGAUUAAAUCGAUAACAAUGAUGUAUAAUAAUAUCCCAUAUCGUUUUCCUCAAAUACAGAAAGUUUUUAUUCAUGAAGUCUUUCCGCGAAAAAAACCCACCAAAUUAUUCCCCUCACCCUAUGCCUUUAACGCACAAAUUGACCGUUAUAACGAACAACUCGAUGAACUAUCGACAACAAUACCGAUUAUUGUCGUAAAAACCGAUAUAUUAGAAAACGAUUUAUUCGAUAAACUACAUCAUAUCGAUCCAACAGAACUUUAG